CGGCGCGCUCCCGACGUGCGGCGCGCGCGCGGUGCUGACGCGGCAGCGGCGGCCGGGCCGGACCGGGCCGAGCGCGGACAUGGUGGCCAAGCAGCGCAUCCGCAUGGCCAACGAGAAGCACAGCAAGAACAUCACCCAGCGAGGCAACGUCGCCAAGACCUCGAGAACGGCCCCGGAGGAGAAGGCGUCGGUCGGGCCCUGGCUGUUGGCUCUCUUCAUCUUCGUGGUCUGCGGAUCAGCCAUCUUCCAGAUCAUCCAGAGCAUCCGGAUGGGCAUGUGAGGGGCCGGUCCCGGGCCAUGGCCCGCCGGCCCCGGCCGCCGCGGCAGCUGCCGAGGAGCGUUGCGCGGCACCGGCCGUGUCGCAUUCCAGGUCCCUUCACGAGUCAUUCCGAGUUUUCUAGCCCGUGCCACAGUGCCUUGAACAGCACCACAUGUAUAAAGCAAUAAAAGUCUGUUGUUGAUCUACAA